AGAGAGAGAGAGAGAGAGAGAGAGAGAGAGAGAGAGAGAGAGAGAGAGAGAGAGAGAGAGAGACGGGCGGGGGAGAGUGUGAAGACGCGCGUGGUCAAGGUCUCAGGACGAAGGGACGACCUAGUGGCUGCAGGAGGAGGGAGACAUAGGGAGGGGGGUAAAAGGGGAAAUGGAAAAAAAAAGAAAAAGAAAGAUAGUGAAGGGUAGAAAAAAGAAAAACAGAUAUAGGGAGAGAAAACAAGACGAGAAUCCCCCUCCCCAGGCCCUAUACGCAAACACUUUCCCCUCAAAAAUUCCGCCUCAGACGACCUUCGCAGCGAAAAGAGCGCGUUUCGGGCGGCGAGGGACACGGAGCGGGCGGGGUGGGCGCGGGCGUCGCAGCGGGAGAGUGGGCGGGAGAGAGAGCGAGCGGGAGGUGGGUGGGGAAGGAGCGGCGAGUGGGCGGGCAGUUUGAGCUGUGGCGCCCGGGAUCAAGAAGACGCUCGGCCGCUCACACCAACCCUCAACGGCCAGACGCCGCCAGGCCCUCCGCCGCACAGGGCCGCUCCGCUCCGCCCGGGCACCGCACCGCGCACACGCAAGACAAGCCCUCGCCCAGUCUGAUGAGCGGCUCGAGCAGAGAAGUCCUCGCCAUGGAAACGAGUCACCCGGACCACGUCAUCUCCUUCGGGAAGAAGAAGGGCUGCUACGUGAGUCGCUGCGUGGCGGCGCUGCUGGGGGUCUUCUUCCUCAGCGGGAUGGUCGCCACGGGCCUCCUCGUCUACUACUACGCGCCGCACAUCCGGGACUCGCAGCGGGAGUCGUUGAUUCUUCAGAAGCCCGUGGUCAGUGGGGUAGAUUUUUUUUUUUUUUUUUUUUUGAGGGGGUGGGGGAUGGGGAUGGUCUUGUCGGAAGGAAUGGUGGUUGGUCGUGUUUUCGAUGUGGGUUUGCUUUUGUUUAAAACUGAUGUUUAUUUAUUUCAUUAUCGGAUGGUGAACGAUCGUGGCGAUAUGAAUGAGCGGCUUUCUCUCGGCGUCCAGGUCCCACUGCACAAGUCCCUGCCGCCGCCGCCGACGAGAAGGCCCUCCGCCACGUCAGCGACCACGGAGGCCCUCAGACCUACGAUCCAGCCCCCGACGACCUCCGCCACAGCUGCCCCCGCCGCAGAGGCCUUGGACGUGCGACUGCCGACGGCACUGAGGCCGCUUCAUUACCUGAUCAAACUUCAGCCCUUCAUCAACGGGAACUUCAGCAUCCUCGGCUACAUGGAGGUGGAAAUGGAAGUCUUGGAACCAACGUCCAACAUCACGCUGCAUAUCGCUGAUAUCAUCACUCAUAAUGAUACUGUUACUGUGGCGGCCUCGGGAGAAGAGGCGGGGCCACGCAUAAGGGUAAAGAGGCACCAGUACGACCAUGAUCGCCAGUUCUACAUCGCGCAGCUGGAACAGCAACUGGAGAAGAGCAAGAAGUACGUCCUGUCGAUGCAGUUCCUCGGUUACCUCAACGACCAGCUCCGCGGAUUCUACAGGUCCACUUAUAAGGAUGAAGAUGGAAGUGAUAAAAUGUUGGCCGUGACCCAGUUCCAGGCCACGGACGCGCGCCGGGCCUUCCCUUGCUUCGACGAGCCAGAGAUGAAGGCGACGUUCGAAGUCUUCUUGGCCAGGGAGGAGAAUAUGUCGUCGAUUUCAAAUAUGCCGAUCAAGGAGACUCUCCCAAUUGAAAACCAGGAGGGGUGGGUGUGGGACCAUUAUCACAGAAGUGUCCCAAUGUCUACUUAUCUGGUUGCUUUCGUGGUGUCAGACUUUGCUAAUUUAAAGUCUCGGGCUAAUGAGAACACCUUCUUUCGGGUGUGGGCAAGAGAAUCGGCGAUCCAGCAGGCGGAGUACGCGGGCCAAGUGGGUCCCAUGAUCCUGAACCACUUCGAAAAGUACUUCAGCAUGCCUUACCCGCUCCCGAAGCAGGACAUGAUCGCCAUUCCGGACUUCUCUGCGGGAGCGAUGGAGAACUGGGGCCUCAUCACCUACAGAGAAACAGCGAUGCUUUACGACCCUGUGGUGUCAGCAGCUUCCAACAAGCAGUACGUGGUGGCAGUCGUGGCUCACGAGUUGGCGCAUCAGUGGUUCGGCAACAUCGUCACGCCGAGCUGGUGGACUGACCUCUGGCUCAAUGAAGGCUUUGCUUCCUACGUCGAAUACAUAGGUAUCAAUCAUGUCGAGCCCAAGUGGCAGGUGAUGGAGCAGUUCGUGCUGCGGGAGGUGCAGGAGGUCUUCGGGCUGGACUGCCUCGAGUCCUCGCACCCGAUCAGCAUCCCCGUCGGCCAUCCGGACGAAAUCGGACAAAUAUUUGAUAGGAUUUCUUACGGCAAAGGUGCAUCUAUAAUCCGUAUGAUGAACCAUUUCCUCACUGAGGUCACCUUCAGAAGAGGCUUAAGGAACUACCUCGAUGCUUUCAAGUAUAGCACCGCGGAACAGGACGAUUUGUGGGAAUACCUGACAGCCGUAGCGCACCAGGACGGAACGCUGCCCCGAGAUCUGACGGUGAAGAUGAUCAUGGACACGUGGACGCUGCAGAUGGGCUACCCCGUCGUUAAGGUGGCACGCGGCCCCGACGGCACCUCGGCAGUUGUAUCUCAAGAACGUUUUCUCUUGGUAAGAAGUGAAAACUCCAGCGACACCCAUGACUACAAGUGGUGGGUUCCCCUGACGUACACGACCCAGAGCGAGGCCAACUUCAACCAGACUCAGGCCAUGGUGUGGAUGAAGGACUCCGAGGCACAGAUCAGCCUCUCAUCCCUUCCCCCGAAGGACCAGUGGGUCAUCUUCAACCUGCAGGAGACGGGAUACUACAGAGUCAACUACGACGACCACAACUGGAACCUCCUCAUCCAGCAGCUGAGGAACAACCACGAGCUCAUCAGCACCAUCAACAGAGCCCAGAUCAUCGACGACGCCAUGAAUCUUGCGAAAGCUGGUCAGAUCACGUACGAGACCGCUCUGAGCGUGUAUACCUACCUGUCAAAGGAGACGGAGUAUGUGCCCCUGGCUGCUGCCAUCAACAACCUGGGCUACCUGAGAAGCAUGUUUGUGCGGGCAGGUGGUUAUGGUUCCCUCAGGAGCUACCUGCUGGAUAUCCUGGUCCCGCUCUAUGAGUCCGUAGGCUUCGAGGACAGCCCCGACGACCCUCUCCUGGACCAGUACAAGCGGACGAAAGCGCUCUCUUGGGCGUGCCUCUUGGGCCACCAGCACUGCCUGGACAGCGCCUCCGCCCUCUACCGCACCUGGAUGGCCAACCCGACCAACGACAGCAUCAUUUCGCCGAACCUCAAGUCGACGGUUUACUGCCGCGCCAUCGCUGAGGGCGGGGAAGCCGAGUGGAACUUCGCUUGGCAUAAAUAUCUCAAGUCCAACGUUGGGGCCGAAAAAUCCAGGCUCCUUUCUGCUCUGGGAUGCACCAAUGAAAUAUGGAUCUUGUCCAGGUACCUGGAAAUGGCCUUCACUCCAGACUCCGGCAUAAGGAAACAGGACGCGUAUCGAGUGUUCGGGGCCGUAGCCAAGAACGUGGUGGGUCGACCGCUGGCCUGGAACUAUCUCCAGAAUGAAUGGGACAAGAUAUACGACUUCUACGGGAAGGCGAAGCCCCAUUUCAUCAAGUACGCGACCGGAGGCUUCAACACGGAGCAGCACUUGAAGGAGGUGGAGCACUUCCGGCGGGAGCACGAGCACCACCUGGGUUCCGCGUCGCGCACGGUCGAGCAGGUGAUCGAGCGCACCAAGAACAACAUUGCCUGGAUGAAGACCAACUAUGACGUCAUUGUGAAGUGGUUGGAUGCGAACGGUUAUUCGACGAAACUCAGCACGGUUGAAGUUGAACAUCAGCAUUUCAACAUUUACUCUACCAUUUCAUUAUCAAAGGAUUGCAUCAUAUGUAGUCGGUAUUCAUCGCGUGUUCCUCGGAGAGCAGUUCAUCCCAAUCUUAGAGUGAUGUUCUUCCUCGGGCUUUUCAUACUCGGCGGCCUUGUGAAUUUGUCGAUUUCUAACCUUGGUGUCAUGAUUCAACUACUGAACUGCACUGAUUUCCCACCAAACACGGUCAAAGCAAUCCGUAAACGGCUGAAGAUACGCCCCUGGUUUUCGCAAUGGCCAUCGGCGAUCUCCUCUCUUGAGAAAAAAGGCCCCGACGCAGCCGCUGUAGUUGGUCAUCCCGCGCUUGUCUCACGACGAAGACCCAUCGGGCUCUGUGACCCUGAGGUGAAUCAAACAAUAAUUAAAGAUGGAAAGUUGGAUACGCGACUGCCUCGUACUCUGAAGCCACUCCAUUACCUAGUCAAACUUCAGCCUUUCAUCAACGGCAACUUCAGUAUCUCUGGCUACAUGGAGGUGGAGAUGGAGGUCCUAGAACCGACCUCCACCAUCAUACUUCACAUGGCUGACAUCAUUACUAAAAACGACACCGUCAAGGUAAACAUCUGCGAUUUACAAGAGGGCCGAAGCAUCAGAGUGAGAGAACAGGAGUACAUUCGCGAGUACCAGUUCUACGUCGCCCGCCUGGAGGAGCAGCUGGAGAGGGGGGCCAAGUACGCUCUGGCCAUGGAGUUCGUCGGGUACUUGAGCGAUGAGCUGUAUGGCUUUUACAGACUAAGCUAUAGAGAUGCUGAUGGGAACAAUCAGUAUUUAGCUGUGACCCAGUUCCAGCCCACGCACGCCCGCCGCGCCUUCCCGUGCUUCGACGAGCCGGCCCUGAAGGCGACCUUCGAGGUCCACCUGGCGAGGGAGACCUGGAUGACGUCGCUCUCCAACAUGCCCCUCGCCGAGACGCGCCCCGUCGAGGGUCAGGAGGGCUGGGUGUGGGACCGCUUCGAGAGGAGCGUCCCCAUGUCCACCUACCUCGUCGCCUUCGUCGUCUCGGACUUCGUUCAUAUCAAUACCACAGUGGAUGACCGCGUGCUGCUCCGAGUGUGGGCGAGAGAAUCCGCCGUAGAGGAUGCAAAACAUGCGAGCGAAAUAGCUGCCAAGAUUUUACGCUUCUUUGAGGAAUAUUUCAGCAUUCCGUAUCCCCUCAAGAAGCUGGACAUCGUUGCUCUGCCGGACUUGACAUCCGACAUGGAGAACUGGGGUCUGAUCACUUACAGGGAAAACUCUGUUCUCUUUAACGCUGAGUCUCCUAUUAUGGGAGACAAGAGGUCAAUGAUCGAGGCAGUGGCUCACGAGCUGGCCCAUCAGUGGUUCGGUAACCUGGUCACGCCCAAGUGGUGGGAUGACACCUGGCUCAAUGAGGGAUUUGCCACCUACAUGAGUGUCUUGGGAGCGGCGGCCGCGCAGGCCCCAUGGGAGAGCGCGGAGGCAGCGGGUGUCAGGAUGCUGCAGCAGGUGUUCCGGCUGGAUAGCCUGCAGUCGUCACACAAAAUCAGCAUCCCUGUUUGUCACCGAGACGAUAUCAACGAAAAUUUCGACAGCAUAUCUUACUUGAAAGGAGCCUCCAUCAUCCGCAUGAUGUCCCACUUCCUCGGGCAAGACACCUUCAAGAAAGGCCUCAACAACUACUUAAAUUCAUUCAAGUACAGCAAUGCAGCUCAAGACGAUCUGUGGAAGUACCUGACAAAAGCCGCCCACCAGGAUGGCCAUAUAUUUGAUUUUGACACCGUCAAGAUGUUCAUGGACCCGUGGACGCUGCAGAAGGGCUACCCCGUCGUCCGGCUGGCCAGGAGCACCGACCGCACCUCUGGCAUCAUCACGCAGGAACACUUUAUUUCACAAAAUCGCAACCUCAGUGACACGCACGACUACAGGUGGUGGAUUCCCUUGACUUUCACGACUCGGAACAGAGCUGAGUUCAACCGAACGCUGCUGACGGUGUGGCUGAGGGACUACUGGGAAAGUUUUAACGUCACGUAUUUUUCUGCCGAAGACGAGUGGGUCAUCUUCAACCUGCAGCAGACGGGCUUCUACAGAGUCAACUACGAUGACCACAACUGGAACCUCCUCAUCCAGCAGCUGAAGGAGGACCACGAGGUCAUCCACGUCUUCAAUCGUGCACAGAUUAUUGAUGAUGCUAUGAAUCUUGCUAAGGCUGGUCACCUCAGCUACAAAGUUGCCUUGGGUGUUUACGCCUACCUGUCGAAGGAAUCGGAGCCUCUGCCUCGAACCGUGGCCGCAGACAACAUGAAGUACCUGGUGGCCAUGUUGAGAGGCACAGCAGCUUUCGGCGCUCUCAAGCGCUUCAUCCUGGACGUGGGCGGUCUACCACUUUACAAGGCCGUUGGAAUCCGUGACAGCGUGGACAAGGCUCUUCUAGGGAGAGAGUUAGCCUUUCCUACGGACUGUGAACUGGGCCUCGAGGAGUGCUUUGAAACGCUACACUCUCGUUAUCGCCAGUGGAUGGCAAACCCAGAGCAGCUCAGAACCAUCUCUUUUCUCGCUUCCAGCUCUGUUCCCCCUCUUUUCAAGUCACUGGUGUACUGCUCUGGUAUAUCGCAGGGCGGGGAAGCCGAGUGGAACUUUGCGUAUGAGCAGUUCCUCCGCUCAGACGACACGGACGAAAAAUCUGUUCUCCUCUCCGCCCUGGCGUGUAGCAGAGAAACCGAGGUGCUGAAGAGGUAUCUGAACAUUGUUGUCAACUUGGUCGGUGCAAUAAGCAAGAAGCACGGACUCAUGAGGAGCAUCCUGGGCAUAAUAGGAAAGGAUGAACCUGGUCGGCCUUUGGUGAGGGACUUCCUUACCCAGAACUGGAAUCAACUUUUUCUCCAGUGGGUUCUCUCACGCUUCGAUAUGCUCAUAGAACAGUUCCUAGUUCUAUCUGAGGAUAGAAAUAGAAACAAAUAUAUCAGUAAACACCUCGACAAGAAGAAGAGUAGAGGCGAGCUCCUUGAGUUGUUAACGUUCUCUUCUAACACGAAAGCGGAACUAGAAAUCGUGGAGCGCUUUCUGAGUAGCGGAGGCAUAGACUUGGCCGGCAACAGGCGGAAGAUCCACCAGGUGCUGGAGAAGAUACGCAACAACAUCGCCUGGACGGACGCUAACUGUGACGUCAUAGCUCAGUUGCUGGAAGAGAUGGGCACAGCAGCUUUCGGCGCUCUCAAGGUUGAUUCGAAAUUGCAAGAAGAGAAUGGAUGCGAGAUCUGUAGUUCAUAG